AUGACUGGUGAAGGGCUUGGCAUGGGGACAGAGUUUCCAGUCUUCAUCGCUCUCUAUGACCAAGAUGGUAAGCGUUCAGAAGACCUUGAGCUCGACACAGACACCCAAGAUGUCUUCAAUCACGGGGAAAUGGAUGCCUUCAAUAUUGCCAUUGGGGAUAACGACUUUGGGGAGCCCAUCUUUAUCGAACUCUGGCGGGAUAAUCGCCUUCCGGGGGAUGAUUGGUACUGUGAGUUCAUUCGGAUAGAAAACUUGGCAUCGCAAGAAACUGAUAUGUUUCCUAUUCAUCGUUGGAUUCGUGCUGGGUUCCCGGUCAAGCUAAAGAAGUAUGAUACUCUACUUCCGCAAGAUGAUCCUAACCUUAACCAACGUCGAUUUGAACUGGAAUGGAAGUGGGCCAACUAUCAACCAAUGUGGCAUAUAGUCACUGGCAUGCUCUCCGUGAGUAGAGGAGGAGGAACAUCCUAA